UUGAUCAGCAAUUUGUUCAACUUUAAUUCAAGGAUUUAAAAUUAUCGUUAUAGCUCAAAUUUAAUUCAGCGAUCUGGGGGAAUCAAUUUACAGUCUCGAGUGGUACUCUCCAAGAAAAAAGUUCAAAACAUAAAAAUCUUUUUGCAUGGAGUUACCAUCUGUGGCUGGGUAAUUUUGCAACUUUAGGGAUAGGUUUUACGAAAACACUUUGCAAGCGGUAAGUGCCAGGGUCGUGCGAACAUUAUUGCAACUCGAGGAGAAUUUGCUAAAUCAAAUUUAGUAUUUGAUGGAGGAUCUGCGCCGCUUCUCAAUUACUGCGAUAUUCAAUUCCCAGAUGAGAUAAAGAAAAGCCAAAAAAUCAAGAUAGGCCUAUUGAACGGUGUUAAACCAGAAGCUGGUAAUAAAUAUGCGAAAUAAACGCAGCGGCGGUCAGAAAAUUUACUGGCGGGCACGAAUUAGGUAGAGAAGGUGAUCCGGUGGAUAACAAGUUUGGUUCUGGUAUCAGUAGUUUUCUUCGUUCGGACCAUUUUAUUUCGUUACCUGCAAUUUUCUCGGAGGAGGGCAAGGAUGCACAUUUGACCGUAUUUAUUAAUUAAUGGAAAAUAAAAGACACGUUGUAGUUUCAUUAUUAAUUAAUUAUUAAAUACAGUCAAACGUUUAUUCUGAUGUCUGGAAGACAGUAUAAGGGCAAGGCCAUUGAAUUUGUGGUUAUGGCCGAGGGGCGAGUAUUAACAUGGAAUAGUAGUCGGUGUAUGAACUAUAGUCCUUGAAGGCCAUAAAAAAUAAUGGCGUCUAUCAUCAUAGAAAGAAGGGAUAGUGGGCAACAUCUAUACUGGAGCAUUAUGGAUGCACUUUUGAAUAUUUAUUAGUUAAUUCAAAUUCAAAACAACACAUGGUUUUGAAUAUGAAUUAAUUAAUAAAUAUGGUCAAAAGUGCAUACAGUGUAGUUGACAGACGAUAUAUUAGUUUAAUGCCUUCCGAUUCAGGUCGUGAAACGGAGGUUCUGGCACUCAAAGUUCAUUUUCUCGGAGGGGAAAGGGCUUAUCCUUCUUUCUUCAAAUCUAACCUAAUCUAGUUCAAUGGCAGCAUCAAUGACAGUUACUAGUGCUACUCAGAGGCCUUCCUGUUUCUGUGGAGAAUGGUUUGGUCUGUCAAGUCGAAAUCCAAAUAAACAGAUUAGAUUACCGACCUCAAUUUUACGAAGCCCAUCUACCAGCAAAUCUAGAUGUAGCAGGGUAAUCACGAUGGCUGUUUCUGUUGAAAAGAAAUACACCACUCAAAAGUCUGAGGAGAUGUUCACUGCCGCCAAGGAAUUGAUGCCAGGUGGCGUGAACUCCCCAGUGAGGGCUUUCAAUUCAGUUGGUGGGCAACCAAUUUUUUUUGAUUCUGUGAAAGGUUCGCAUGCAUGGGAUGUUGAUGGAAAUGAAUAUAUUGACUAUGUUGGCACUUGGGGUCCAGCAAUUAUUGGUCACGCAGAUGAAAAGGUGAAUGCUGCUCUGAUUGAAACCCUAAAGAGGGGAACUAGCUUUGGUGCCCCAUGCGUCGCUGAAAAUAUUCUGGCAGAGAUGGUUAUAAAGGCAGUGCCUAGCAUAGAGAUGGUCCGAUUUGUCAAUUCAGGAACAGAAGCAUGCAUGAGCAUGUUACGUUUGGCAAGAGCAUUUACUCGGAAAGAGAUGAUAGUUAAGUUUGAAGGUUGUUACCAUGGCCAUGCAGACCCUUUCUUGGUGAAAGCAGGCAGCGGUGUUGCAACUCUUGGGCUUCCCGAUUCCCCUGGUGUCCCAAAAGGUGCUACGUUUGAGACUCUUACUGCACCCUUCAAUGAUAUACAAGCUGUGGAGAAAUUGUUUAGUCAGAACAAAGGACAAAUUGCUGCUGUGAUUCUCGAGCCUGUGGUAGGAAAUUCAGGGUUCAUUGUUCCUAAAAUGGAGUUUUUGGAGGGGCUGAGGGAGCUUACAAAUGCAGAAGGAGCACUUCUGGUCUUUGAUGAAGUUAUGACAGGCUUCAGGAUAGCAUAUGGAGGUGCCCAAGAGUAUUUUGGCAUCACCCCAGACCUUACAACACUUGGGAAAAUCAUUGGUGGAGGCCUUCCGGUUGGGGCAUAUGGAGGCAGAAGGGAAAUAAUGGAGAUGGUAGCCCCUGCAGGCCCAGUAUACCAGGCUGGAACAUUGAGUGGAAACCCACUUGCAAUGACUGCAGGGAUAAACACUCUCCAAAGGUUGCAACAACCUGGUUGUUAUGAGUACUUGGAUAAAAUAACUGGUCAUUUAGUACAAGGUCUGCUUGAAGCUGGGAGGAAUGCAGGUCACAAAGUCUGCGGUGGACACAUUAGUGGGAUGUUUGGCAUUUUCUUUACAGAGGGACCUGUGUACAAUUUUGCAGAUGCAGAAAAAGGCGAUGCUACCAAAUUUGCAAUGUUUUUCAGAGGCAUGUUGGAGCAAGGCGUAUAUUUUGCUCCCUCACGGUUUGAAGCUGGUUUUACCAGUUUAGCCCACAGUGAACAGGAUAUAGAUUUCACCAUAGCUGCUGCAAGAAGAGUUUUUGAAAGUUUAUGAAAUCCUUGUUGAAGUAUUUAUUUCUGAAUUAGUCUCUUUUGUCCCUAUUUUACUUUCUUGAAGGAGCUAAUAUCGGUGAGAAUGCUCAAGUCACAAUAGUUAUAAGUUGAAAGCAAUGUAGAUGGUUGGGAUUCCUUUUAAAGUAUGGGUUGAUACAAACUUGGAAAACUAUUUUAUUUUAGCUUGAAUAAUUGAGGAGCACUUUAGGAUAUAAACAAAUUAAUAGUUGAGUUGUACCAUCUAAUGCCUUUAUGGAUGUGGCAUAAUCAAAUAUAGAAAUAGCUGAAGAGAGAGCUCAUGCACUGCAACAAUAAAAAGGCACCCAAAAAAAAAGAUAUUGUUAAAGGACUUAAUCUAGAUUUUGAAGUUGUCUCA